AUGGAAUCAAUCAAUUUUAACGAAAUAUCAUUUAAUAAAGAUUUUAAAUGGUUAAAUAGACCAGCCAGCUAUAAAUUAGAUGGUGAUGUUCUUACAGUGACGACUGAAAAUAAAACUGAUUUUUGGCAAGAGACGUGGUACAACUUUCGCGUUAAUACUGGCCAUAUUUUUGGCGCCGAAAUUAAAGGUGAUUUUAGUUUGGAAAUAUGUGUAGAAGCUGAUUUUACGACUCUGUAUGAUCAAGCUGGGCUGAUGAUAUAUGUUGAUGAAAAACAUUGGCUUAAAGCAGGCAUUGAGUACAAUGAUGGCCAGCCCAUGAUAGGCAGUGUACUCACUAGAGAUAUCUCUGAUUGGUCUACUGGUGUAUUCACAGAAGAUCCCCGCAAGUUCUGGUUACGUCUGACUAAAGUUAAAAACGUGUUAUGCGUGAAAUAUUCCGCUGACAACAUAAAAUGGCGUCUACUCAGACUGUGUCCUUUUGAGUACGAUAAAUAUUUGGUGGGACCGAUGUGUUGUUCACCACAGAGGGAAGGAUUGAUUGUUAAAUUCAGUGGCGCCAAGUUCAAUAAACCGUCAGAGGAUAUAUUGCAUUCAAAUUAA